CGUACCCCACGGGUGGGAUUGUGCUUUGCUGUGAUUCCAGUUGGGAUUGCUUUUUGCACAAGGAGAGAGAGAAGCAGUAACCAGAGACAACGGCUGAAACGACACAAAAUCUAACUGGAAAUAAGAGGCAGAUUUGUAACAGUGAGUUUAAUUACCCCCCAGAAUAGCUUCCCAGGUGAGUCUCCAUCAUUUUCAGUCUUCGCCGAGGCUGUUUUUCUAAUGCAGUCACAGGCUGUUGGGCUCCAUGCAGGGAUCAGUGGUUGAGAGUCUGUGGCCUGUGUUAUGCAGGAGGCCAGAUGAGAUGUUCAGAGUGGAUCACUGGGUUUAUGAAUACAGUGCACAGAUACGCUCCUGUCAAAAUUGUGUACCCAACCUCAGGCUUGUUCUCCCAAUGAAAGCCAGAAAGAGAAGCAGCAGCUGUAUUUUUUCAUAAAAUAAGGGUACAACUUUUGUCAGGAUGACAGUGUUAACGUUUUUCCGUUUGGGAUCUUUCAGGCACAAUGACCGAACGGCAGAGUCCCCCCGAGCCGAUGGCUGCUGGGGAGUAUCUUGGCGAAAGAGGGAAUUACAAGAUCACCAUCUUCGAGCUGGAGAAUUUCCAGGGCAAGAAGCGUGAGUUGACAGAGGAAAGUCCGAAUGUGACGGAGGAAGCGCUGGAGAAAGUGGGAUCGAUCCAGGUAGAAUCAGGCCCGUGGCUGGGGUUCGAAGGCCAGGCCUUCUGUGGGGAACAGUUCGUGCUGGAGAAGGGAGCCUACCCGCGCUGGGACUCCUGGUCCAACAGCCACAGCAGCGACCGCUUGAUGUCCGUCCGCCCCCUGCUGAUUGACAGCCACGACCACAAAAUCCACCUGUUUGAAAACGCCGGUUACAACGGGAGGAAGAUGGAGAUUGUAGAUGACGAUGUGCCAAGCCUCUGGGCUCACGGGUUCCAGGACCGCGUGGCCAGCAUCAAAGCACUGAACGGAACGUGGGUGGGCUACGAAUACCCCGGCUAUCGAGGCCGCCAGUACGUCUUUGAGAGGGGCGAGUACCAGCACUGGAAUGAGUGGGACGCCAGUCAGCCCCAGAUCCAGUCUGUGCGCCGGGUCCGGGACCAGCAGUGGCACAAACACGGCUGCUUUGAGACCCCCUGAAGGGGGCCCCAGCGCCUUCGCAGCCACGCCCGAGGAAGAGGACGACGAUGUGAUUUAUA